AUGUCAAAUUUUUCAUCACUAUGUUCACCAUUGACAUCUGACAAAACACAUAAUGUUAUAAAUCGAUUAGAACAUGAAGGUUUUUUUGAUGAUAAUUUUAAUUUUUUACGACAUUCAAAAAUGGCUCGUUGGCAAUCAGAAACUGAAAAUUUAAAUCAAGAAAUACCUUCUACUACGAAUGAUUUUUUUGCAAAGAAAAAUAUUCCUUCAGCAUCAUUUAUUGAUGUCUUGAUUUCACCCAUGUCACGCUUAUCAACAUCAUCAUCUCUUAUGUCGUUUAGCAGUCUUGGCAAUAAUAAGACAUCAGAACAGUUAUUGUCUCGAUCAACAAUAACCAAUUCAACAGACGAAUUAAUCGUACCAAACAAAAAUGUUAAUCUCUUUCCUUCGGCAUCAGCAUUUCUACCAUUACCAACACCAUUAUCAAAUCGUCAAACACUUUCUACUAUCGACAAUAUUCCAUUAACUACAACAGAUAAUGAUCUCCAACGAGUACCACCUUCAUUCAUACUCAUGCAAUCACCUUCUACCUAUGCAAAUGAUUCAAUGGUUCAUUCUCAACCACAACCACAAAUAGUUCAUAGUACAACUCGAUCAAAUACUAUGCCAUCAUGGCGUGGUUGUUUACCAAUGAAAUUUGAA